AUGCCUUGCUGCGCGAAACGGCGAGCAGUGCGGCAUACGCCGUUGGAGCAGUAUGCCAAGAGUUUGGAAGUGCAAGAGGCUGCGAUUGAGGCUGAUCCAUUGGAGUUGUUUCCCAUGUACGUUGUCCCCUUGGACGUGCUUCUGGACAUGACGCAAGUUGUGCCACACGAGAACCUCAAGACUGAAGGAAAACUGCUGGAGUACGAGGAGAGCAUGGGAAACGCAGCUUUCGUGUCGCACCAGUGGGUGGAUCGUUCACAUCCAGAUCCGCAGUUCAAACAGCUGAGCGUCUUGCAAGAUGCCUUGAGGAAUGCCAUGUCCCGGACGAUGCGGGAGAUCUCACUGGAUGUGGUCACAGCGACCGUGAUGCCAAGCACCAAGAGUCUUCCAACCUCAGAGUUGUGGUCCCGAGAGUUGUUUCUUUGGUAUGACUCACUGCGGAGAAGAAUAUGUUUUUGUCUUGUUGUUUUCUUCCUUUUUCUGUGA